AAGAGGUUAGUUCCGGACGCGGCCGCCGUCGGCGCCAUCUGUCAUCUCCGCUCCGGCACCAGCUGCCUUUCCCCCCUUACCCUUUGCCUGUCUCCCCUUCGGCGGAGCCCGCUUCCCGGUCCUGCCCCCACUCUACCCUGUUCUUGUCGCUGGCUUCUUCCCCCACAUGGAUUUAGUUGGAGUGGCGUCUCCUGAACCCCGGCCGGCAGCGGGUCACCUGUUAAUCUUGUUGGAUCUUCAGCCUACGUCUUAACAGAAAAUGGGAAAAUGAUUAGCGAAUAAGUGAAAGAAAAUUAAUUUUAUUAAACUUGUCUUAAAACUGUAGGGAGAAUAUAAGGUAACCCACUGGCAAAUUUGUUUACCUGUGAUUUUGUGUGUAUUUUCUUCUAAGAUCCUAUUUAAAAAGUCAAGAUCAGUAGACAUUACUGAUACUAGGAAAAACAUAGUCUUCACGUUAAAUUCCUUUAAACAUCUAUGAAAGCUGGGAAAGAUGCCACAUGAGACCAGCUCUGCUCAGAAUACAUUCUAACCUCAGCAAAUUUCACUUACAAAACUAAUUUACUAAUAAAAUAUUAUCAGUAAUAUCCCAAUCUAAUUCACACCAUCAGAGCCUUAAAUUUUCAUUUUAGUCAUUCAGUCAAAAAUGACCCCGGGUAUAUUGAUGUCAAAAAACAUUUUGACAGGCAGAACAGUUAGAGACCACAAGUACCACUUAAUCCUUUAUUCUUUGACCUCAUGGAAGACAGCAGUGACUAGAGAAGCCUUCAUGGAGGAGCUGGAGAUUUGAGAAGGAUUUUGAAAAAAUGGAAAAAUGUUAUAGUGUCCAUGGGCUGUCCCUCAAAAUACAGUAUCUUGUUCCUUGGCUGAUGUAAUGAGCGAACAGUUGGCUAAAGAAUUACAAUUAGAAGAAGAAGCUGCUGCUUUUCCUGAAGUUGGUGGUGCUGCCGAAGGACCAUUUAUUACUGGAGAAAACAUUGACACGUCCAGUGACCUAAUGCUGGCUCAGAUGCUACAGAUGGAAUUUGACCGAGAAUAUGAUGCACAGCUUAGGCGUGAAGAAAAAAAAUUCAAUGGAGAUAGCAAAGUUUCCAUUUCCUUUGAAAAUUAUCGAAAAGUGCAUCCUUAUGAAGACAGUGAUAGCUCUGAAGAUGAGGUUGACUGGCAGGAUACUCGAGAUGAUCCCUACAUACCAGUGAAACCAGUUCCUACUCCCAAAAAGGGUUUUAUUGGAAAAGGAAAAGACAUCACCACCAAACAUGAUGAAGUAGUGUGUGGGAGAAAGAAUACAGCAAGAAUGGAAAAUUUUGCACCCGAGUUUCAGGUAGGAGAUGGAAUUGGAAUGGAUUUAAAACUAUCAAAUCAUGUGUUCAAUGCUUUAAAACAACAUGCUUACUCAGAAGAACGUCGAAGUGCACGCCUCCAUGAGAAAAAGGAACAUUCGACUGCAGAAAAAGCAGUUGAUCCUAAAACACGUUUACUUAUGUAUAAAAUGGUCAACUCUGGAAUGUUGGAGACAAUCACUGGCUGCAUUAGCACAGGAAAAGAAUCUGUGGUUUUUCAUGCAUAUGGAGGGAGCAUGGAGGAUGAAAAGGAAGAUAGUAAAGUUGUACCUACAGAAUGUGCCAUCAAGGUAUUUAAAACAACCCUUAAUGAGUUUAAGAAUCGUGACAAAUAUAUUAAAGAUGAUUUCAGGUUUAAAGACCGCUUCAGUAAACUAAAUCCACGUAAGAUCAUCCGCAUGUGGGCAGAGAAAGAAAUGCACAAUCUCACAAGAAUGCAGAGAGCUGGAAUUCCUUGUCCAACAGUUGUAAUGCUCAAGAAACACAUUUUAGUUAUGUCUUUUAUUGGCCAUGAUCAAGUUCCCGCUCCUAAAUUAAAAGAAGUAAAGCUCAGUAAUGAAGAAAUGAAAGAAGCCUACUAUCAAACUCUUCAUAUGAUGCAGCAGUUAUAUAACGAAUGCACACUUGUCCAUGCUGACCUCAGUGAGUAUAACAUGCUGUGGCAUGGUGGAAAGGUCUGGUUGAUUGAUGUCAGUCAGUCUGUGGAACCAACCCACCCUCACGGCCUCGAGUUCUUGUUCCGUGACUGUAGGAAUGUCUCACAGUUUUUCCAGAAGGGAGGAGUAAAGGAAGCCCUUAAUGAACGAGAACUCUUCAAUGCUGUUUCAGGCUUAAACAUCUCAGCAGAUAAUGAAGUUGAUUUCUUAGCUGAGAUAGAAGCUUUGGAGAAGAUGAACGAAGAUCAUGUUCAGAAGAAUGGAAGAAAGGCUGCUUCGUUUUUUAAAGACGAUGGAGGUCCGCCAUUACCACAUGAUGAAUAACACCAGCGCCUGCUGCCUUUAAUUGUUAACACGGUGGUGAUUGUCAGCUGCCAAUGGCACUGAAGUUACGGGUGACGUGGAAUACCAAAAAAGGAAACAUGAGGAGUGUACAAUGGUGCUUCUGUGUUUUUCUUCCUUGUAACCCAUGUGCCAGAUGUGUGGGAUUUUUAGCUUAGCAUUGAGAGAACAGAAUGUCACUACCUCUCAUCUUAUGAAUAGGAUAAAUCUUUAACACCUAAAGAUUAUCUGUCUGAAAUCUGCCUGAUUUUACACGAUUCAUGGUAUAGAAUGUUUUCAUGAGAAUUUUUAAAACUUAGUUAUUAUUUCCCACUGUGGGAGGAAAGGACGGAUGUGUUUACAGGGGAGGGUUUUGUCACAACAUUUUUGCUUUUUUCCCCACGCUGUUCUGCAGUGCAUCUUUCUCAGUUCUUUUUCCAGAAUGUGACCAUGAUUCUAAAGGAAAAUUUCUUCUCUUUAGUGGGUGUUAUAAAUGGAAGUUUGGUUUCACAAUGGCUGAGGGGAAUAGACAUAAGCAAUAUACUUUUUAUUGGUACCUCAUGAGAAGGAACGGCAUGCUACUUUUUCCAUACUUAUAUCCAAGAAAAGGCAUCAGAAGUUUCUGAAAAAGAUAAAGACAUAAGAACAUCUUGCAAAAAGAAAUUUUUUUAAUUUAACUUACAGCUUUUCUACAUCUAGGUAAAAUGGUUAGGAUAAGGUAGCUGCUUUGUAUUUAUAAUGAGAAAAGAAAUUAUUUGGAAGGACACAAUGUAAGACUUAACCAUGUUUGACACAUUUUAAGGAAGUUAAUGAAACAAAGUUCAGAUUACAUUUCAAACUAUAUACUUACUGAUUUUGAGAGAAAUAUGGCAAGCAAAUUAAAAAUAUUAAAUAAAUCAAAUGUGAAAAAGUAUGUUUAAAGCAACUCGGGUGCCAUAUUAACCACCGAAUUUGAAUUAUUUGACCUUUUAACCGUUCCUGGUACUGACUGGACGCCACUUCUAAGAGAAAAGCCAGCACUGGUCUUGUCCCGUUGGUUUGUUAGGUUGAAGUUUAUAAACUACAACACGAUGGUUCCUCCCGUUACCACUAAAGGCCCAGCCUUUCUGCCUGAUGAUAGGAAGAAAAAACAUCUAAACAUCUUAACAUUUUAAAAUACCAAAUAUGUUCUUUCUCGGAAAAUAUUUAUUUUUGUUUCUGUUGUAUAGUUUUUAACUGCAUUUCAGAGAAGUGUGAUUGGGGUAGAUAUUCAUUACAUUUCUGAAAUGUUUACUACAGUGACUGGUGAUCAUUGACAGAUAUUUCAGAGAACUAACUAUCUCAUUUUUAAAACCUUUACCCUUUAAAUGUUGCUUUGUUUUCUAACAUACUCUGACAAAGAGCAGCAAACCAUUGCCGUGUGGCAUUCUUGGAGUGUGCUGUGAACGUGCUUUUAAAAAAAUUAAAAAAAGAGAUCAUUUUA